GCAUGUGCAUCUGGUGCCGAGGGGCGCUCCGCCAUUGACGUGUCGCGUGGCGUUGGGCGCACGUCCUUGCGCAUUUACAGAAAACUAUUCAUUGCCGGUGCACGUAUACGCGCGGCGUUUACGUAUUAUCAGUGCGUUUGUUUGGUUCCCAGUGUGUAGAUAGAUUUUGGUGCGUCCCACUGGGCUGAUCGCCAGCAUGGACGCGCUUUUGGCAGCGCUCGUCGCCCUCAUGGCAUUAGCCGCCGCGAUGGCCGCCGUGCUGAGUACGCUCUCGAAAGCGGCAAUUUUUGCGAUCCUCGCGGUCGCGCCUUGCGUCUAUCGAUACAGGAAACGAAUUUAUGUGAUCGUGAAAACGUUACCUAGGGAUUUCAAAUUCCUAUGGCGAUAUGCAAAUGCGAUGGUGCGCUCGAAGCGGUGGGGGCGCAACAAUUGUACGGUGGCGGAGCUGUUCACGAAGCGCGCUUUGAAAUAUCCCGAUGCACCGUGCUUUAUUAUGGUCGGAGACAAAACUUGGACCUUCAAAGAGAUUGCGGAUAACUCGAACAGAGUAGCAAGGGUGAUGCAAGAUCAUUUGGGCUUGAAGCUUGGAGAUGUUGUGUGUGUAUUUAUGCCUAAUUGCGCCGAGUACGUGUACACUUGGCUCGGUAUGGCCAAGCUCGGCGCGGUGUCUGCGCUCAUCAACAAUAACCUACGACACCGUCCGCUGCUCCACUGCAUCCAAGUCGCUAAAGCAAAGGCGAUCAUCUUCUCUGAUCCGUUGGCAAGUGCAAUCGCUGAGCUAGGGGAUCAGCUUCCACCGGAGCUGAAGCUUUUCCAACUAUACGGGGAUUGUGCGCCAGGAGUCAUUGACCUCCGCGCGGAAAUGUACAAACAUCCACCAGAAUACCCGAUAGUGACAGAAAAACCUCAGUAUAAAGACACUCUCCUCUACAUUUACACGUCCGGAACUACCGGCAUGCCCAAAGCUGCCGUGUUACCAAAUUCAAAGUACUUGUUAAUAGUGGUGGCAACGGUGCACAUGCUCGGGCUCCGCUCGUCGGACCGGAUGUACAACCCACUGCCGCUGUACCACACGGCGGGCGGGCUGGUGGGCACGGGUGCGGCACUGGUGGACGGCAUCCCCUCCGUGCUGCGCAGCAAAUUCUCCGUCACUAACUACUGGACCGACUGCAUCAAGUAUGACUGCACGGUGGCGCAGUACAUCGGCGAGAUGUGCCGCUACCUGGUGUCGGUGCCGCCGCGCGACACGGACACGCAGCACCGCGUGCGCAUCCUCGUGGGGAACGGCAUGCGCCCCGCCAUCUGGCAGCAGGUCGUCGAUCGGUUUAAAGUGCCGCAGAUAAAUGAAAUAUACGGAGCAACAGAGGGGAACGCCAACAUUAUCAACGUGGACAACACUGUGGGCGCAGUAGGUUUCCUUCCUAAGCUGGUGCCGACGAUUCUGCACCCCAUCGCGCUCGUCCGCACAGACGACUCCGGCGAACUGGUGCGCGGACCGGACGGGUUCUGCAUUCGAUGCCUACCUAACGAGCCCGGCAUGUUCAUCGGUCUAAUCGCGCAGGGCAAUGCGGCCAGGGAAUACUACGGCUACGUUGAUAAGACCGACAGCAAUAAGAAGCUGGUCCGCAACGUGUUCCGCACGGGCGACGCGGCCUUCGUGAGCGGAGACAUCCUCGUGGCGGACGAGCUCGGGUAUCUGUUCUUCCGUGACCGCACCGGCGACACCUACAAGUGGAAGGGGGAGAACGUGGCCACGGCGGAGGUGGAGGACGCCGUGCGCGCCGCGCUGCAGCAGCGGGACUGCGUCGUGUACGGAGUGUCGAUCCCGCAGACGGAGGGCCGCGCCGGCAUGGCGGCCGUGGCGCUGUGCGCGGCGGGCGCGGCGUGCGGCGCGGGCGGCGCGGGCGCGGCGGCGUGCGCGGACGCGGCGGCGGACGCGCGCCAGUUGUCGCGCGCGCUCGACCACGCGCUGCCGUCCUACGCGCGUCCGCUCUUUCUGCGCUUCGUGUCCGAUAUCGAAAUCACCAGUACAUUCAAACUAAAGAAGCUGAAAUACCAGAAGGAAGGUUUCGAUCCAGACGUGAUCAAAGAUCCGCUUUUCUUCAGAUCGGGCGUGGAAUUUGUACCGCUCACUACACAGCUCUUCAACGAUAUAUGCAAUGGUCGCGUCAAACUAUAGACGUCCACCAACAAAACGGCAUCUCGAUGUAUUGUAGUAAAAUCCAUUUGUUUUUUUAGUUACAUGCUCUGAAAGUCCAUCGAAAGUACUUCAGCAAUUAAACCGCAAGCAGUAACAUAUUAAC